AUGACGAGGAAAUCGAAAGCUAGAGGAGGAAGACAACAGAGUCAGGAGAGUGUUCAACAAUCAUUCAAUGCUAGAAUUGGAGUUCCGAACUCAACUGAUGCGAAGAAAACUCGAAGUAUCAACGUACUACAAGGAAUCACUCCGUUAGAGUUAAAUAAUGCAGCAAUGGAACAGGAAACACCAGUGAAGCUCAUGCAUGGAGGUGAGAUGGAGCACAAUUCAUCAGGAAAACAGUCAUGGGCAGAUGUAGCGGAGAAGGAAGUAGAACAUAAAGACAAGGUAGCUCAAGUUAACAGAGGUUUAUUUUUGGUUAGAUUUACACAAGCUGAAAGUAGAAUGAAGGUGUUGGAAGAGGGAGUCCAGAUGUUCAACAAAAAGCCUGUCAUCAUAAAGCCAUGGUCACCAGAUAUAGACACUAGAAAGGAUUCGUUCAGUACUGUGCCAAUUUGGAUUAGGUUCCCUGGUUUGGACAUUAAGUAUUGGGGGAAAACUGCAUUGAUAAAAAUUGCAGGAUUAGUAGGGAAACCUCUAAAAGCAGAUAGAGCAACUACAUGGAAGGAAAGAAUGACAUUUGCAAGAGUGUUGGUGGAAGUUACACUUGAUCACCCUUAUCCUCAAACUAUAAUGUUUGAAAUGAAGUUGGGAAAAUUGUGGAGCAAAGGGUGCAUUAUGAGUGGAAGCCAACAUUAUGCAAGGAGUGUAGCAAACAAAAAAGAGUGGGAGGAAGUACAAAACAGUGCAGAAAAAGAUGUAAUCCAGAAUAAGGUAGGGACUGAAGAAGGGAAGCAAAGACAGACUGAAAAAGAACAGGUAGUAACUGGAAGCCAUCAAGAUAAUAGAAGAGAAGGAAAGAAGGCUAUAUACAUACAAAAAGGAAGCAGGGCACAAAGAGGGAAAGAUGUUCCUGGGAGCAGUAUAAACCUAGGAAACUCUUUUGGGGCAUUGGGAGAGAAUAGUAGUAUGAUGCUGAUGGAGCAGGAGAAGGAGAGGCUGAGCAAACAGGUGCAAGUUGAGUUUGUGUCAGCACAAAUGAUACACUGUGAAGUAACUCAUAGAGGUACUGGAAUGACUAUUUCUGUUUCUAUGGUAUAUGGAUUCAAUGAUCCAGCCUUAAGAAGGACUCUAUGGCAAGAAGUGAGAAAUAUUAAGAAUAAUAUAAAGGGACCUUGGGCAUUGAUGGGAGAUUUUAAUUGCGUGCUGAACAAAGAAGAUAGGGUAGGAAGACCUGUUACUAUGGCUGAAAUAAGAGAAUUCAGAGAAUGUAUAGGUGAGUGUGGUCUGCAGGAGCUGAGAUCAUCUGGGGCAUUCUAUACAUGGAAUAACAAACAAGAAGGGGAGGAUAGGGUAUACAGCAGAAUAGACAGGGUAUUAGUCAACAUUGACUGGAUUAUAACAUUACCAGUCUCAGAAGUGCACUAUAUGAAUGAAGGGUUGUUUGACCACUGUCUAGCUAUAAUAAACUGGGACAAGGGGAAAAGAAAUGCUAGAAGUCAAUUUAAGUACUUCAAUAUGUGGAAAAUGGCUAGUGAUUUCAAGGAAAGAGUUAAACAAAGCUGGGAAAAGAGGAUAGAAGGUAUUAAAAUGUUCAAAGUCAUUGGCAAAAUGAACAGACUGAAGGCAGUGUUGACAAAGCUGAAUAAAGAAAGAUUUGCUGAGGUUGAAAGGAAAGCUGAUCAAGCCUUAGAAGAACUAAAGAAAUGUCAAGCAGUACUGCAGCAAGAUGGUAGGAAUAAAGGGUUGAUUGAAAGUGAAAUUCAGCUAACAAAAGAGUGUAGGAUGUGGGGAGAAGCUAGGGACACAUAUCUAAGACAGAAAAGUAGAAUGCAAUGGCUCACUAAAGGGGAUCAAAAUACAAAAUUCUUUCAUAGUGCAAUAAAAGAGAGGAGAAACAUGAAUAGAAUUUUCUCAGUGGUAGAUACUCAAGGGGUUGCUAGAAGAGAUACAGAAGAGGUCUCCCAAGCUUUUAUAGAGUUUUAUGAAAAGCUACUUGGGGAGAAAAAUGAGAACAGGAAGAAUGUAGAAGAUGUCAAGGCAGCAGUUUGGUCGAUAGUAGGGGAUAAAGCACCAGGGCCAGAUGGAUACACAAGUCAAUUUUUCAAGGACUGCUGGGAGAUUGUUAACAAGGAUGUGGUAGAAGGGGGGGUACUACCAGGAAUCAUAUCAGCAAAUCAGAGUGCUUUUGUGGCAGGUAGAAGUAUAGUGCAAAAUGUCCUAAUAUGCCAAGACCUUGUCAGAUUAUACAAUAGAAAAGCAUCGGUAAGAAGCUGCCUUAUAAAGAUAGAUUUAAGGAAGGCGUAUGAUACGGUGGAAUGGGAUUUUGUUCGUGAGAUGCUACAUGUCCCACACAAAUUCAUCCAUUGGAUUAUGCAGUGUAUUACAACUACCAGGUACUCAAUAGCACUUAAUGGAGGAGUUUAUGGGAACAUUGAAGGGAAGAGGGGUUUAAGACAAGGAGACCCAAUUUCACCCUUAAUAUUUGUCAUUUGUAUGGAAUAUUUUACAAGAAUUAUGCAGCAAGUAACUACAAUACAGGGAUUUGAGUUUCACACAAAGUGUAGAGGGCUAAAACUGAAUCACUUGUGUUUUGCUGAUGAUGUGCUACUAUUCUGCAAAGGAGAAAUGGCAUCAGUGAUGUUGAUGUUAAGGGGAUUGGCUGCAUUUUCAGAAGCUACAGGAUUGAGAACAAAUGCAGCCAAAUCAAACAUAUAUAGUGCAAACAUGAAUGAGCAAGACCUGGUUGACCUGUGUGAUCUGACUGGUUACAAAAGAGGAUAUGUGCAACAAGACUGGUUGGCAAUUAAUGGAAAAUACACAAUAAAAAGUGGGUAUAGCUGGAAACAAGGAAGAAGAGAGAAAUGGGAGAGUAGUAGAUGGGUGUGGAGCAGAAACAACAUCCCAAAGCAUAGUUUCAUUUGCUGGUUAGCUAUGCACAGAAGAUUUCUAACGAGAGAAAGAUAUGGGAAUACAACAAUACAGAUUGGAAGGAUUGUGGAGAAGAAUGACAAUGAAGAAAAGGGGCAAAGCAUGCAGCACAAUCAUAAGCGCAGUAUUGGCAGCAACUAUAUAUCACAUAUGGAAAGUCAGAAAUGA